AUGGCCAAUCACCACAGUUUGUUUGUCAAGAUCUAUGGACCAGAGGGUUCUGCGUCUCACAAAGGCAAAGGCAAAGGCUUCAAGAGGAUGAUCAACUUCCACCUUGGAUUUCAUUGGCGAAGUUAUAUUAUCCACAACGGCUGUCCCUUGUGCUUUUGUUCUCAACUAUUUGAGUCAAAGAACAAAGGAGUACGCAACAUCAAGCUAUUCCAAACAAACAACCAUAACCUGGAUCGUAUUGGCAAGAUUGAGUUCACAGUUACCACAAUGGAAAUGAAUUUGGAACCUGUUUGCCAUCCCAGGUCACUGAAGAAGCCAAAGACAGCCAACCAUGCCUCAUUGUUCUCAUUUGGUCCUAUGUCCAAACAAGCCUUGGGAGAUGAUGGCGUCAACUUUAUCAAGAAACACUUUAUCGAUAACAAAGAGCUUGUGGUCAAAGAUUGGAGCAAGUCGCACACUUACAUCAAGGACGAUGGCGAGAUAUUCAAGUUGAACAGCUACGUUCAUGUCCUGGGCUUAAACGCCAAGGGUGCUGAGGUCACAUGGGUGGCAAAGAUAAUGGGUAUCCACAAGAACAAGUUGGAUGGUACAGCCAUCAUAUUGGUACUAUACUAUGAUCGAGCUACUGGAGAGACUCAUACGUACAAGAGCUUGAAAGAGUACCAAAUCAUCACGUUUGGAGCAAUCAAAAGUGUCAAGCUCCUUGAUGUUAACAUUGAUGCCACCACCUGCCUUUUAUUCCCAACAACCAAACUAAAAUAA